GACCUGAUUCACUUCUGUCUCUUCUCUAGACGUGGAAAGCUGCAGAGGGAGUCAGACUUCAUGGCCAGUGUAGACAGCAGCUGGAUCUCCUGGGGUGUGGGAGUCUUCAUUCUGAAGCCCCUGAAGUGGACUCUCUCCAGUGUGCUGGGUGACAGUAAAAUACCUGAGGAAGAAGAAGUUCUGAUUUAUGUGGAGCUGCUUCAGGAGAAGGCAGAGGAAGUUUAUCGGCUCUAUCAGAACUCUGCACUUUCUUCUCACCCUGUUGUUGCCCUCUCAGAGCUGCGUUCCCUCUGUGCCAAUGUUUGUCCAGAUGAAAGGACCUUCUACUUGUUGCUGCUCCAGCUGCAGAAGGAAAAGAGGGUCACGAUCCUGGAACAGAAUGGAGAGAAGAUAGUGAAGUUUGCCCGAGGUCUUCAUGCCAAAGUCUCCCCAAUGAACGACGUUGACAUCGGCGUCUAUCAGUUGAUGCAGAGUGAGCAGCUGCUGUCCCAGAAGGUGGAGUCCCUUUCCCAGGAAGCAGAGAAAUGUAAAGAGGAUGCCAGGAGUGCUUGUAGAGCUGGAAAAAAGCAAUUGGCUCUGAGAUGUCUCAAGUCCAAGCGCAGGACGGAGCGGCGCAUCGCGGAGCUGCAUUCCAAGCUGGAUGCAGUGCAGGGCAUCCUGGACAGGAUCUACGCCUCCCAGACUGACCAGAUGGUAUUUCAUGCCUAUCAGGCUGGUAUGGGAGCCCUGAAACUGUCCAUGAAGGAUGUUACUGUGGAGAAGGCAGAGAACCUGGUGGAUCAGAUCCAAGAGCUUUGUGAUACUCAAGAUGAAGUAGCCCAGACUCUGGCUGGAGUGGGGAUCAAUGGUCUAGAGAUGGACACUGAGGAACUUGAGAAGGAGCUGGACAGUCUCCUCCAGGACUCAACUAAAGAGCCUGUAGAUCUGCCUCCUGUACCCCAGAAGGUGCUGAACCCACCCAUUUCUGAUGCUGAGCUUGAAGCUGAGUUGGAAAAGCUCUCUAUUUCUGAUGGAGAUUUGGCACAAAAAGCUCCCUCUGCUUCCUCUGAACCCAAAACAGCUCUGGGACUGAAUCUCUAAAGACCCAACAAUAUCCUGUUGCUGCAGUUUGAAGAGUUGUCUUAAGGUUCCUUAACUAAUGACUAGAACUUCUGGGGAGAGGGGCAACGCUCCCCUGUUCUUCAUGGAUAUCACUUUGCUCAGCAACAGGAUCUCCUGCCAUGACAAUCCACUCUGGAACUGGCCCCAGCUGGUGUUUGUCAUCUCUGUGCCAACAUCUGCACUGGUCUCAAUUUGACUUG